CAAAUGACCACCGCUUAUAGAAUUUGCUCCCACACGAACACAUUUACCAUUCAUUAGCUACAUAGCGGCGAUGGCAGCUCUGAGGACGGCACUUCAUGGACGGUUCAUUCAAGCCAUCCCCUACUCUUUGGGGUCGUUGCGGUUUGCCAGCUCAUUCAAGGCCGCAGACCUCACUAUCGAGCGCAACACUGCGGGGAAGCCCAAGCCAGACCCCGCCUCCCUGGUGUUUGGCAAGCAGUUUUCAGACCACAUGCUGACCAUCUAUUGGUCAGAGAAAGAGGGCUGGAAGGUUCCCCAGAUCAAGCCCUUUCAGAACCUGUCGCUGCACCCUGCCACCUCUGCCCUGCACUACUCCAUAGAGCUGUUUGAGGGCAUGAAGGCGUUCAGAGGGGUGGACAACCACAUCCGUCUGUUCAGACCCAACCUGAACAUGGAGAGGAUGCACCGCACUGCUGAUCGCAGCUGUCUCCCUUUGUUUGAUAAGGUGGAGCUGUUGGAGUGCAUCAGGAAGCUGGUGGAGGUGGACCAGGACUGGGUCCCCUACUCCCUAGACGCCAGCCUCUACAUCAGACCCACCUACAUUGGGAUUGAGCCUUCCCUGGGUGUGUCGAGGUCCAGCCAAGCCCUACUAUUUUGCAUCGUGGGUCCUGUAGGGCCCUACUUUACCACAGGGGCCUUCAGCCCAGUCUCUCUGCUGGCAGACCCAAGCUAUGUCAGGGCCUGUAGAGGGGGGGUUGGAGCUUACAAGAUGGGGGGUAACUAUGGGCCUACUAUAUCAGUGCAGAAUGAGGCCAUAAAGCAGGGCUGUCAGCAGGUCCUGUGGCUGUAUGGAGAGCAGGAGGAGAUCACAGAGGUCGGCACCAUGAACCUCUUCAUCUACUGGAUGAAUGAGGGAGGAGAGAGAGAGUUGCUGACUCCUCCUCUAGAUGGCAUCAUUCUCCCAGGAGUCACCAGACAGUCUCUGCUAGACCUGGCCAGAGAAUGGGGAGAGUUCAAAGUGACAGAGCGCACCAUGGGCAUGAAGGAGCUGCUCGGUGCUCUGGACUCAGGCAGGAUUACGGAGGUGUUUGGUGCCGGGACGGCCUGUGUGGUCUGUCCCGUCGGCAGCCUGCUCUACAAAGGGAAGACCUACCAAAUUCCUACAAUGCAGAAUGGUCCAGACCUGGCCAAGCGAUUCCACAAAGAGCUGACAGACAUGCAGUAUGGCCGGAAACAGAGUGAAUGGGCACCACUGGUCGUUUAAUUGGCAGUUUGCACAUGCCAAUCAUAUCGCGACCAGUCCCCCGCUCCAUCUUCAAGACCAGCAGUUUCAGCACAACCCAUAAUGCACUCCUUCUGAUAGGCUGGCAGACCGACAGAGAUGAACAGGUCACGUCUGUUACUCCUGGUGUUUCUGCGGGGACUUGUAAAGGGAUAGGGUUAGUCUGUCAUUCAAAUGUUGCAACUUGCAUGGAAUACCGACAGUUACACAAUACUGUAUAAGUAAUGCUGUGAAACGGCCGCAGCCUCGGUUCAACCAACCUAGUCUAGUCUGUAUUAGGAACAAAGUCAGUCUUCUUCCUAUUCAGUCCUUUAUCAUACUGUAGCACAGGUUACAGAAGAAAUCGUCCAAGCUUUUUAAUAAACACUACCUGAGAUGGUCUAUAGGGUUGUCCAUGCUAUUAGACACAAACUGAUGUAUUGUUGUAAUAGUUUAAAUAUGCAAUACGCAUAACUAUUGUAGGGGAUUACUGGUAAGUUAUUGGUCAUUUGCAAUAUGGGAAUAACUUUUACAGGUACUUAAUAGGAACAAUUGAGUGUUAGACAUUUUCACUGGCUGACAUAAGGAAUGUGUUGACUGUACUAUUAUUGUUAAGUGACUGUAGGAACGGAUCAGAUCAAAACCACGUCACAGGAUUUGUUACUUUCUAAAUAUCACUAUAACCUGAGGAAGUAGAAUAUGAUUUAAAAUACUUUGUUGUAGAACCUAUGUAUAUCAGGCCAGGAAUACAAAUGGUUAUACAUACCAUAUUGACACCAGAGGUGCUUUUCAACAAUCUCCUAGAAAUGAGUUUACACUGACCUUAGUUUGAUUUAAGUCAAGUGAUCGUGUGUGUCUUUCUGGAUUGGAAAGAUGCCACUAAGAAAGUGAUGUUGAAAAGAUUGAGAUUAAAAUGGAGAGGUCCAAGUGAACUCAAGCAUACACAGAGGUUAGCUAUAGCUACAUGAUAUACUUAAGCAAUAAGGCCCGAGUGGGCGAGGUAUAUGCCCAAUAUACCAUGGCUAAGGGCUGUUCAUAUGCGCAACGCCUGGAUUCAGCCCUUUAGUCGUGAUAUAUUGGCCAUAUACCUUUGGUGUCUUAUUAAGCAAUAAGGCACGAGGGAGUGUGGUAUAUGGCCAAUAAGGGCUGUUCUUAGGCGGAAUGCCUGGACUCAACCCUAAGCCGUGGUAUAAUGGCCAUAUACCACAAACCCGAGGUGCCAUAUUGCAGUUAUAAACUGGUUACCAACUUAAUUAGAGCAGUAAAAAUACCUGUUUUGUCAUAUCCGUGGUAUACGGUCUGAUAAACCACGGCUGUCAGCCAACCAGUUUAUUGUAGACUUCAGAGUAUGAGAGAGACCAUGUUCAAUAGAUGCUAUAGACUGUGACUUCUGCACUAGGUUGUGUGUAAUCAUUAUGUAACAAUGAGUAGUUUUGUCUGUGGGUUUAUCUUGUCAAUUGGAACAACCGUCUUCCCAAUUAUUAACUGUAUAUCCAGGUUUAUGUCCUCACCCUGCUGCUUUCCUUUCUAUUAAUGUAUUUGCCUCUUUCAUAUCGCUUGGUUUUCUCCAUUCCUCCCUAAGUGCCUGACCGGGUGUGUGGACUGUCGUUGUCCUGUGGAUCUAACUUGUUUUUAGUGGUUGCACUAGGCUAUACUGCUGGAUCUUUGUGUUUUUGUUGUGGGACAUUGUUACUAGAUUUUUACAAUAAACUCCAUCUGUGUUCCAUUGUCUGACUGGAUGUGGUUUUGCUAAACUAUUUGUACUGCUUUGAUGCUCAUGUACUUUACUCGAUUAAAACUUAAAUCUCA